AUGGUCAACUGCAUCAUGGGCGUCGGCGUGCUGGGCUACCCCUACUGCUUCAAGAGCAGCGGCACGCUGCUGGCCACAACGGUCAUGAUCGUCACCAUGCUGGCCACACGCGCGUCGUACCAGCUGCUGCUGCACUGCGCGCACCUCUCGGGGCGGCGCACGUACGAGCAGCAGCUGCUGUCCAUGGCAGCAGACAGCCUGCUCACCCCAAACCCCCCUCGCCCGCGGCCCUCGCCGGACCGCCCGGCGCGGCCGCAGGUGGCGGAGCACGCGACGGGGCGGCUGGGGCGCCUGCUGCUGGAGGUCUGCAUCUGCGCCUCCAACCUGGGCUGCAUCGUGGCUUACCUGAACAUCCUGGCUGACACUCUGUCCAGCGUGGCGGGGACGCUCAUCCCGCCCGGCGCAGAGCCCAGCCGCAGCAUGUACAUGGCGGGUGUGACCCUGUUUGGCGCGCUGCCUGUCGCGCUGGUGGUGCGCGACCACGCCGUCAUGUCGGCCUUCAGCGCCGCCAGCGUCGCGUUCGUGGGCCUCUUCACGGCCGUCAUCUUCUUCAUGGCCGUGCUGCCCGGCGGCGCGGGCGCGACCGCGGCCGUGGCGGCCCCCAUGGCGACCUGGGACCCGUCUGGCUUCCUGGUGGCCCUCCCCGUGAUGGCCUACUCCUUCACGGGCCACCCCUACUUUUUGGGGAUCUACGAGAUGCUCAGCGCACCCAGCGUGCGGCGCAUGAACGCCGUCACAGACCAGGCCCUGACCAUCACGGCCGGGGUCUACUGGAUCGUGGGCAUCUGCGCGUACACCACCUUCCGCCAACGCACCGCCGGGGACGUGCUGCGAAACUUUGGCGGCGCAGACGCCCAGGGCAUGCGCGGUGCAUACGAGCGCGCGAUCAAGGCCUGCUUUGCGCUGGCGGUGCUGGGCAGCAUCCCUCUCGCCAUCCUGCCCUUCUACACCAUCGUGCAGCCGCUCCUCCAGCGCGCCACGCCGCCCAGGCGGGGCGGCGGCGGCGGCGGGGCGCGCGACAAGGCCCGGCAGAGCGGCCCAGAUCGCGGAUUCACCGACGGCGGCGCUGCAGGGUUGCAGCUGCGCUCCAAGGACAGCGGGGUAUCCUUUUCCACAGUGCUGGUGGGCCCGGAGGCCGACCCGGUGGGCACGGUGAUCGGCGGCGCCGUGGGCAGCGGCGGCAGCACGGUGGAGCGCCGCCGCACCGCGGCCACGCAGGGCGAUCACGCCGACGGCAACGGCUUCGCGGCCAGCGGCGCCGUGCCCGCGCCCCCGGGCGCGCUGCCCGGCCUGCUGCGCGCCGGCAGCGGCGCGGCGGCGGCGAUGGUGGACCCCCACCUGGACCCCCACCUGGCGGCGCACGACGCGGAGGUCGCCCUCAGCUUUCCACAGCACGCGCUGCUGACGUUCCUGCUGCUUGGCCUGGGCAUGGCUGCGGCCCUGUGGCUGCCAAACCUGGAGUUCAUCUUCGGCCUCACAGGCGCCACCACCAGCGUUGUCAUAUCCUUCAUCAUGCCGGCCCUCUGCUUCCUGCGCCUCGCGGGGCCGGACCCCGAGGUGACGUUCGGCGCGUUUGGCGGGACGCCCUCCAAGACAGGCGGCGCGCCAGGCGCCGCCUGCGGCCCCGGCGCCGCCCCCGGCAAGCCCGGCCUGCUCGCGCCGCCGGAGCUACGCGCGACGUGGCUGUGGCGGCGGCGCGUCGCGCGCAGCCUGCUGGUGUUUGGCGUGGUGGCGGGCGUGAUGUGCACUCACGCCAUCCUGGGCAGCAUCGUGGAGGAGAACGCGGUGGUGCAGCUGGCCCAGGAGCUGGUGGCGCACGAGGUGGUGGUGGCGGAGGCGGCGCACGCGCAGAUCAAGGCCAAGGAGGCGGCAGCCACCAUCAGCAUUGUGCAGGAUGCGGCGCAACAGCUGGGGUCUGUGAGGCGGACGCCCAAUGAGACGAUGGGCGCGCUGGAGGCGGCGGCAGCAGCGCUCAGCGCGGUGGCCAACAAGAGCGCGGACGGGGCUGCGGGCGGCAAGGGGGCGCAUGCGGCGAUCUGGGACAUCCAGGGCCAGCUGGCGCAGCACAAGCAGAAGGUGGUCGACGACAGGGCGCUGGGCAGCGUCGAGAGCGCUCUGUCCACCAUCGAGGCCGACAUGCGCGCCACCAUCACCGGCGUCAACGCCGUCGUCGCCAAACUCGACAUUGCGAUCGCGGCGAUCAAGCAGGAGGCCGCAAAGGCGGUGCAGGGCGCAGCAGACGCCGCGGCCGACGCAGGCGGCGGUGCGGGAGCCCCCGCUGGUGACGGCCAGGCUGACAGCGGCACAGUUGCGCAGCAGCCCGGGUCGCCGCAGGCGGCUGCACCUGCAGCGGCAGCAGCAGCGGCGCCCGAGCAGCAGCAGCAGCAGCAGCAGCAGCAGGAGCAGCAGCAGCAGCAGCACCAGCAGCAGGAGCAGCAGCACGCGGUCACGCCGAAAUCCGUCCGCCCCGAGGGGCUGGCAGACGCCGCGGCCGCGCACGUGCCACCGCCGUCGCCGCCUCCACGGUCGCGCGCGGGUGAUCUGGCCCGUGAGUUGGGCAAGGCCCUGGGUGUGUACAGCAGCCUGACGGCGGCGCACAACGCGACCGCGGGGCGCAGCCUGGAGGGCGUGCGGGCGAGUGCUGUGGUGGCGUUGGGCGCGCUCAACGCGACAGUCCGCGUGCUGGAUGAGGUGGCGCUGGCGGUGAAGCAGGCGCGCAGCACCCACCAGCACGACUCUCAGAUCCGCGAGACGGCGGUCCUGGCGAUGCAGCGCGCCCUCAACGUGACGGCCGUCAGCACCCUGGCCAUGCAGAUCACGGACCAGGCACUGCGCGCAGCCGCCAGCAGCGAGAGCAGCGAGCUGCUCACGGCCCUCACGCGCGUGGCGCACGACAUGGAGGCGGGAGGCAGGGACGGGGGGCGGGGCAGCCGCAAGGAGGGCAGGAGCGGCGGCGGCGGCGGCGGCGUCAAGGGCGCGCAGCCGCAGGCGGCAGGCGCACAGACCGCGGGGGCGGCGGGGACGGCGGGUGCACCGGCGGCGACGGCCGUCGCAGCCGGCUUGGCCCAGGAGACCCCAGGCCACAAGACAGAUCAGGAGGCGCAACAGCUGCAGGCAGCGAACUCACCCGGCCACCCGUCCCCCGCCGCCCCUGGGGCCUCGCAGUCGGGGACCGGGGUGGUGGCAGCCGCGUCGCCGCAGCCUGCGGCGCCAAAGACGCAGGAGGAGCGCGUGCAGCGCGUGAAAGAGGUGAUCGCGCGCCUGGACCAGGCUAUCGCCGCCAAGGGAGACAAGGACGCCGCCGCCGCCUCGGCCUCGGCCUCUGCCUCCGCCGCCUCCGAGGCCACCACGGCCGCCACCACGGCCGCGGCCGCGCUCGUGGCCGCCGCCGCGCCCGGCGGCGCCGGCAUCGCGCUCGCGGCCGACAUAGUGGCAGACAUCGGCUCGAUCGCGGCCACCAAGGGCGGCGGCGAGGCGACCGUGGCAAAGGCCACCGCCGAGGGCCAGUCCGCCCUGGCGGCCGCAGCGCGUGCGGAGGCGCGGGCGGAGGCGGUGGCGGCGGCUAAAGGACCGCACGUGGUGGGGCCGGUGGUGCAGGUGCAGGAGGGCGGGAAGCUGGUGCAGGCUGAGGAGGCGCGGGACGGGCCGGCGGUGAGGCUGCACACGGAUGGACGGCUGGAGCAGGUGGAGGGGGGCGGCGGCGGCGGCGGCGGCGGCAGUGGUGGCCAAGCAAGCGGCGCUCCGCAGCAACAGCCGUCGGGUGGUGGCGGGGCUGCCGACGGUGGCGGCGCCCACAGUGGCGGCGGGGACAGCGGCGGCAGCAGCGGCACCCGCGCCAGCGACGAGGCCGGCGCUGCCGGCGCCACUGGCGGCAGCAGCAGCGAUGACGGAGGCAGCGGCAGCAGCAGCGCAGCCGAGGCCAGUCCCGCAGAUGGGUUGGCGAGCACCACGCCUCAGGUGGUGCGGUGA